AUGGUGUCACCGAGAGCCGCCGCCAACAACGGCGCAAACCAGCCCAGCAAUCCAACGGCGCCAACAACCACUGCCAGAGAGAUCAGCCCAGCAACGUCUACCGGGCCCGACUUCGACCUGCCAGCCCAAAUCCCAGAUGAAGCCACAACAGCAGCUCGAAAUAGUAUGAGACGCACCCUGGCUCCCCGAGGGUUUACCAAUCCUGGCGAUUGGGUCUGCUACCGCAAUGCGGUUGUUGUCAUGUUGCUCUCAAGCAAAAGAAUCUUGAACUGGAUCCAAGUCAGAUACAUACCUAGGCUAAUAGCCGCCGGUGUCCGAAUAGAGACCCAGGUCGAGGCAAAGACUGUCGUUGACGAAGACUCUGACGAAGAAGCAGCCGAGAAUGCGGAGGGCAUCCCGUAUACCGAUGUUUGGUGUGAGCUCAGCAAGCUCGCCGACGUCUAUUGGACCGACCCGGAGACCAACGCACUCAACAAUGCCCUGAAGGCCUUCUGGAACCAUUUCGAGUCCAAAAUCAAGGGGAGAGACACGGAAUGGAGUGCAGGCAGCCAGCAAGACGCCACCGAGUUCCUAGGUUGGCUUACAGAUAUUGCUGAGGACGAGUUGGGCGAAUUGUGUGCGACGCUCCAACAAGCAGGCUUACUGGACGAAGACCAGGCGAAAGACUUGAAGAGCACAACCAUCGACGAAAUGACCUCGGUCUCCCAGACUGUGCGUAUCCGCUGUAAUAUGUGCGGCAUUCUUGAAGGUCUGCCCACCAUGACGCGCAUUGCAACACUGAACAAAAUGACCGUCUGGCCUCUUGCAAUUGGAAAGCUAUCGGCAAGCGACAACGCCGAAGCGAAAUCGCCGUCCCCGAGGGCAGGAAGAAGCAGCACCAGAUCAACCCCGACUGCACAGAACACCGCCCCAGUGGCUUUGGAAUCUUUGAUCUAUAAAGAUGCCCGGGGCGAACAGGAAGGCUGGCUCUGCGAGCUAUGCCGACCGUACAUCAUCGACCAAACGCAUCAGAACCGACUGGAUGCUACGGGAGACGAUGCACAGGCGAAGGCCCAUGCCGAACAGCAGAACCAGGCCGAACUGGACGGUCUAGCCAGCCACCGCACACCCGUUCGCAGACAGAUCUGCCAGCUCCCUGAAGUCUUGAUCCUGUCUCUCACACGCUUCCGGCACAACCCCAGCCGCCAUCGAGGCGAGGCCUAUGACAAGGAUACGACAAAAGUGAAGCUCGGUGAGACUCUCAAUCUGGGUCCGUUUCUUGAACACCGCGGCACCGCCCAACCCAAGGGGCCGACCAAGUAUCGACUCAAGGCAAUUGUCAAUCACCUGGGGACCAGGAGCGUGGGCCACUAUACCAACCAGGUCUUCAUCGACGGAAGAUCUUUCACCAUCAACGAUACUGACGUGAAGCCGACAAGUCUGAAAAGCACGGUUAAUCGGCAAGAUAAGGGCUGGACUCCGUAUGUUCUGCUUUAUGAAAAGAUUGUCGAUCAAAAAGACUGGGAAGAAAGAAUGUGGGCUCAAGUUGGCAAUGAUGAUGACGACGACGACGACGACGACGAACUCGUGGUUGAUGACGGUUCGUUUUUCGAAAUCACCACGGCAGAGAACCCAGCUCCAGGCCAGAUGUCCAUGAUGAUCUCUGCACGAGUCCAAGGUCUCAAGGUCGAGUUUCCCCGCUUUGUGCUGGACGACAAGCUGCCCACGAAUACAAACACCGAGGAUACAACGAUCGCUCUUAGUAAAUUGGAUGACGGGGCUACGGUGUACAUUCGCAGGGAGCCAGCAGAGACAAGCGACAGCCACACUUCUGUUGGUGCCGGUGCCGGUGCCGAUGCCACCACGACAGGUACCGGUAGCAACGGAGGUCGACGGAGUCGGUCUGGGCGAGGCUCGUCCAAGAGCAAAAGCAAAACGCCGCCAUCCAACCCCAUUGGUGGCAAGCGCAAACGAGCCCCUGUGGAUGAUACGACGACAGCGGCCGGUGACAACGAAGGUCGAAGUCCUCGGCCUGCGCGAGGCCCUUCGAAGAGUAAAAGCAAAUCCCCUGGUGAUGGAGACGACGGAGACGCUCCCCCGGCCAAGCAGCAGCGGACUGUCAAGACCGCUGCCACUAAGAAAGCUGCCCCCAAAACUGCUGCUACGAAGACUGCCGCCACCAAGACCGCUGCUACGAAGGCCGCUGCCACCAAAAUUGCCGCUACUAAGAAAGCGGCAACCAAGACCGCCGCUACGAAGACUGCCGCUACGAAGACUGCUGCUACGAAGGCCGCUGCUGCGAAGACCGCCGCCACCAAGACCGCUGCCAGAAAGCAGGCCGCCCCCAGACGCCGUGGAGCAGUGAGCGGUCGCGCUGGUCGCGGUGCCACACGAGGUAGUUCAAAGGCCCGGACUUCCAGCACCAGUCCAUUUGUCUACGGUGGUCUCCAGCAACGGCAGAGACAGGCGCGCCACGCCGACAAUGCCUUUGACGCGCUUUUGCAGCGAUUCGUCGAGAACGAGGCUGCUCGUGGCCCGACAACAGAAACCGCCCGCACACCCAAGUCCCACGCUCACAACGCCAAGCGCAGCGUGACCUGGGCAGCACAGAACGACUUCGCCAGCCCUCUAGAGUGGGACUCUCACACGGAGGAAGGCUCGAACUACGACGACGACGAGGACUUGGACGAGGACUUGCACUUGCACGCGCACGCCCAAACAGCUCCGUCCGAACACCGCACUCGUGAAGGCGUCCGUGUUCUCGAGUACCGGUCGCUACCAGCCUACGUCGACAGUCUGAUGCAGAUGCGGAUGAAUUCUGCAGGGGAGGAAGACGAGACGGAGGAUGAUAUCACCAUGGACGAAGAGACUGAGAGUGAGACUGAGGCCGACUUUGACGAGGUGUACUUGGAUGCUGGGUUUGACGAAUGA